AUGGACCAGGUAUUGCGCACCCUUUACAGCUCAGACCCAGGCGCCACGAAGUUCUCGAUGAGUGAGGCCAAGGAGAUCGCCAUUCUUGCAGACAAGUACGGAAUGGUCGAGCGUCUCCAGGUGUUCGCAUCCUUCUGGCUUCUCAACGCCGCCAAGACCGACAAUGUGGAUGUGAUUACCGAAAAUGAAUGGAACACCUUGGUUGUGGCAUACAUACUCAAGGUCGACUGGGCAUUUUUCGACGUAACCAAGAAUAUGCGCCCGAAGACUACUAGCGUGAUCGAGUUCAUAAACCACUUUCACGACAAACAUACUGGUCUGCGCCUUGGAAUGGCCAUUGAAGAACUGCGCAACACACACCUCAAGUUGCAGGACAAGCAUAAUUAUUGGAGUGAUUGGGGCCUCUGUUUGUUCUGCUUUUCUCACGCAACCGAGUCUUUUACUCAGCAGUGUGCAGGAUGUAGCUAUCCUGAUCGCCAUGAUCCAUGGAGUCGGCUGAAGUAA